AUGCUUGGACAUUAUUACCCUCCUUGCCCUGAGCCUGAACUUACUUGGGGGUUAAGUGCUCAUACAGAUGUGGGUGUUGUAACUGUUCUUCUACAAGACCAAGUUGGUAGACGUCAAGUCUUUUAUGAAAACCAGUGGAUUGAUGUUGCACCUAUUCCUGGUGCUUUCAUCAUUAAUGUUGGUGAUAUGAUGCAGUUAAUCACAAAUGACAAGUUUAUGAGCGCCAAGCAGAGAGUUUUUGCUCAGAAAGUAGGUCCACAAGUUUCGACUUCGUGCUCUCUGAGAAAAUAUGUUCAGGAUGAAUGUCCAAGAAUGUAUGGACCAAUAAAAGAGUUAGUCACAGAAGAGAGUCCUCCAAUUUAUAAGGAAAUAAAAAUGCUGGGCUUGAUUAAACUGGCGUAUACCAAAAAGCUAGAUGACGAUGUCUCUCCACUAGAACACUUCAGGAUAUGA